ACGAACACUGACAAGCCUUUGUUUUCAUCUCCAAGGUUGUUAGUUGGAGCUUAGUUCGGUGUAUUUAAAGUUAAUAAAGCGGUCGCAAUAUCGUCAAUCAUAAUUUUUUUAAAAUGUCGACUUGUGAGUCUCAGAAAACAGAAGCGUCUAAAGACAAUGUUUCGACUAAUUCUGUCGAUGAAGGUUUGCCUAGAGAAUUAAGCCAACUGAGCCUUUCUAGUGCAUCAAAUCCAGAUGAAUUCCAUUGUAAUAAAGGACAUUCCGAAACGACAAUGAAAAAUAUUUAUGGAUACUAUCAGUCACAAAAGCUUUGUGAUGUUGCGUUAAUAGCUGGGGGUUGCAGGAUUCCAGCACACAAAGUUGUGUUAGCUUCUUGCAGUGAGUACUUUGCAGCCAUGUUUACAGGCUCCCUAAGAGAGGCUCAGUCAUCAGAAAUAACUCUAGAACGAGUUGAUUCACAAGCACUUAGAUCACUUGUUCAUUAUUGCUAUACAGGCAUUAUAGAGUUAAGUGAGGAAACAGUAGAGAUCCUCCUGUCAACAGCAAGCUUACUCCAAUUACAUUCAGUUACAAAGGCUUGUUGUGAUUUCCUUGAAAAGCAGCUGGAUCCUUGCAACUGUUUAGGAAUUGCUUUCUUUGCUGAACAACAAUCUUGUAUGGGAUUGCACAAAAGUGCUUUGGAGUAUACAUACCAACAUUUCAUGCAGGUUGUUAAGCACCAAGAGUUCCUUAGCUUGCAAUCUGAACAACUAUCUAAUUUACUAAAGUCAGAUGAUCUCAAUGUAGUAACAGAAGAAAAUGUUUUUGAAAGCCUAAUGGCUUGGGUACAACAUGACCAUGAAAAUAGACAAGGCCAUCUACCAACAUUAUUAAAGUUAAUAAAAUUGCCUCUUCUAUCAUCAGAGUAUUUGAUUGAUAAAGUUGAACAUGCAUGUGGUGAAGUACCCGAAUGCCAACCACUAAUAAUGGAGGCCGUUAAGUGGCAUUUAUUGCCAGAGAGGCGAUCAAUGCUAUUCUCUCAUAGAACAAGACCCCGGACAUCGACCAUUGGAAGACUUCUUGCUAUAGGUGGAAUGGACGGCUACAAGACCGUGUUUUAUCUUCAAUCAACUCAAGCAACGUCCAAACCUGGCGCAAGUAACAUGGAGAUGUAUGACCCGAGGACGAAUUCUUGGACACCAUUUAUGAGAAUGGGGGCUCGACGGCUGCAGUUUGGUGUAGCAGUUAUGCAAAACAAACUCGUUGUUGUCGGAGGAAGAGAUGGACUUAAAACUCUUAAUACGGUGGAGUGCUUCGAUCUGACGUCAUUGAGCUGGAGUACGUUAGCACCGAUGAACACGCAUCGCCACGGACUGGGAGUCGCCGUGCUCGGGGACGGACCCAACUGCCCCAUCUACGCCGUAGGGGGACACGACGGAUGGAUUUACCUUAAUUCUGUGGAGAGGUGGGACGCGUGCUCGCGCUCGUGGACCAUCGUGUGCCCGAUGGCGGGCGCGCGCAGCACGUGCGGCGUGGCGGCGCUACGCGGGCGGCUCUACGCCGUGGGGGGGCGCGACGGCGGUGCCUGCCUGCGCUCCGUCGAAUGCUACGACCCCGCCACCAACCACUGGACCAACUGCGCGCCCAUGACGCGUCGGCGCGGCGGCGUCAGCGUGUGCGCGGCGGGCGGCUUUCUGUACGCGCUGGGCGGGCACGAGGCGCCGGCCAAUACGGUGGGAGGGCGGCUGGCCUGCGUGGAGCGCUACGACCCCGUCACGGACACGUGGAUCCUGCUGGCGCGACUGUCCUACGGCCGGGACGCCAUCGGCUCAUGUCUGCUGGGCGACAGGAUCGUCGCCGUCGGCGGGUACGACGGCGUGCAGUACCUGUGCGUGGUGGAGGUGUACGACGCGGAGGCCAACUGCUGGCGCAAGCUGGCCCCGCUGAGCACGGGGCGCGCGGGCGCCGCCGUCGUGGCCGUGCCGCCGCCCCGCAACCUGUUCUGAUACUCGCACCACCAGCUGGUCGUCUACGUCGUCGGCUGAGCCGCCAGGUGAGGCGAGCCGGGCUCGCUCGCGUCCAUACAUGUCAGACUUGCCCGUCGAUGUGCUCGUUGUGUUCUAGAAUUUUCUAUAGAAAACUUUUGAAAUGUACAUCUCCGUUUCUCAGUCGUUGAUCACUUGACGUAUCGAUUAUCGGUCAUUUUCAUACAUUUUUCAAUAAUAUAAAAAUAAAUUCGUCAAUCGGUUGUCAGGUCCGCUGGUUAACAUUCGCCCGUUCGAAAGCGAAGACGUAUUCUAUAAUUAAUUUGAGAAUGUAUAUCUAGUUCCUAGUAUUUUGGUAACUAAAAUAACAUCGUAAAAUGUUUUUGAAAUAAGAAGUUGAGAUAUUUUUGUCUUCUAUAUUCGAUUGGGAAAUUGUUAAUCACGCUCCUGAACCACUGACGUACCCCUGAAGGGUAUAACUCUAUAUAUUCUCCUAGAAAGUAUAUUUUAAGGUGUUCAUUACAUGUAAAAACUGCACGACUGCAUUUAGAUGUAUUUUAAUACUGUAAUCUUUACUCUAUUGUAUAGAUAAAGUAGACCUCCGUUAUUCAACAGAGAUCUUACAAAGCAUUUUUAGCUUAUUAAAUUUGAUGUACUACAGAAUAUCUUUGAAGAGCUCUUUGAAGAGGAUUACCUACCUUGUAAACCUUUAAAGUAUCUAGAAAACUGUGCCGACAUAUCGAACACGUGACGAUAUAACAAGUUGUAACAUGUUCAUGUUUAUAAAUAUUCUCCGUAAAUACCCUUGCUUUGCUGAUAUCAGAUAUUUAGGGGGGCAAGGGCCGGUUUACCUAAGGGUCUACUGUAUGGGUAAGAAUAGAGAUUGAAAUCUGGAGAGUGAAUAGUUUUAUAUUUUCGUGAAAUGUAUAAUUAAUCAUCACUAUUUUCGAGUAUAGAUUUAAGUUAUUUUUCUGCACAUUUUACACGUGAACGCGUAGGUAACGCGCCAGAUCUUCACCUCAUUGUAAUUUCUAUUACGGAUGGUCUUUUUUGACGAUUUUCUAGUAUUAGAUAGAUAAAAAAUUGAAAUUUAUUCAUUGCAAAUGAGUAUUUUUCUAUGCAUUUGAAUUUCCUGGAUGUUCAGAAGGUACAACAGACACCGAACGGUUUUAUUUGAAACUUGCACAAUAUCAUAAUUUACUUAAACCAAUAGAAAAUUAUUGUUCCAUUACAGUGCUUUCAUAUACCUAUUAUAAAAGUUAAUUUGAAAACUUAAUAAUUGUAAUAUUGCAUAUAGGGUUCCGAAGUAUCAACUCUCAACAAUUAUUUCCAUUUUAAUUGAGGUAUGUUUACUUAUAUAUAACAAUUGAUAAAUUAAAUAACACGUUAAAUGUUAAGUAACUAAUAUUGCAAGCAAAACAUUAUCUUUUACAGGAUAUUUUAUUACAUCCGCGUUGACCUAGUUUGUUGUAGGCUUACUAAUGAAAUGAUCAUUUGAUAUUUGAGUUCAAUCUCUGUACGGAUCGAAUAAAUGUUAUUGUUUUUUUUCUCUCAAUAAAUUCUCUGUAAAAUCCCAGAGUUUAGAAAUUAGACAUCACAUAACUGGCUGUCGUAAUCUAUAUAUAUAUAUAUA